AUGGGUAAUAAGUGGACAUCCGAAGAGGAAGCUGCCCUAAGAAAAGGUGUAAGUAAACAUGGUACUGGGAAAUGGCGCAAAAUUCUUAGUGAUCCUGAGUUCAGCACCGCGUUGGUUCACCGAACCAAUGUGAGCAUCAAGGACAAGUGGAGAUCUCUGAAUUUAGCAAGGAUUGAUUCUCCAAACGCCAAUAUCGGACACUAUAAUGAAUCUGUGGCUUUUAUUGGGGAGGGCAGUGGUAAAGAUGGAAUUGCUCAACCUAGCACACUGGCCAUAGCUUAUGAAUCAUCAGAAGAUGAAAAUGAGAAACUAGCAUCAAGGUUUCGCAAACUGGACGAUUUAACUGAUGUGAAGCUGGAAUCCAGUAAUAUGCUCGAACAGGUUUUCAUAUCAUGA